AUGCAGUACCUCGCCCUCCUCAUUGCUUCCCUCGCCGCCUCUACGGUGGCAGUUCCAGGUCUGAAGCGCCAGUCUGGUGACGCCUCACCCUGCCAACCUGGAGACGAACUUGCUUGCUGCGCCUCAGAGAACGAUAUGACUCCCAUCAUGGGUGCUGCUUGCAAGCUCAAUGUUUUGGGGAAGAAUUGUGGUGAUGGAGUCUACCAAUGUUGCAACGUCAACCAGGAUGGCUACAUCAACGUCAACCUCGCUUGUGUUGCUCUGCAAUUAUGUCCAUUCUAA